GCUAUUGACUAUAUUCAUAAGUCUAGUCAGUCAUCUAUCGCUUCUUCUUGCUUCCGCGCUACUCAGAAGAUUGCAUUCUUGUAUAUAUUUAUAAUGACGACAUACAUACAUACAUACAUGCAUCUACAUCCAUACAUACAUGCACAUAUAUAUAUACAUACAUGCAUACACACACACACACAUACAUGCGUACAUAUAUACAUACAUACACAUGCAUACAAAUACACAUACAUGCAUAUAUACAUGCAGAUGCAUAACAUGCCUAUAGAUGCUUUUCACAUGCUGCAUUUGAAAAGCUUAACUGCAGAUCGAAAAUUAGUAUUCGUCUUUUUGGUUCGCAGUAAAUGCAUUUGUCUCUCU